CAUAACAAGUUUUAUACGAUGGAAAAUUUUAACACACAGUGUGUAAAAAAUCAAAUUUAAUUUUAACAUAACAACCACGAGCUGUCAACCAAGGUCAAUUACACAUCCUUUUUCUAUAUUUGUUAAGGUCAAUUGAUAUCAAUUCGAUUAUAAGAAUUCAUCCCGUGAUAUUGUUUAUAGAAUUAUAAAGAUGAGUAAGAAAAUCGUGGACUUAUUAACUCAUCCAACUGAGUUAAGAUCAGUGAUUCAAUUGUUUUAUUUCAGACAACCAUUACAUAUCCCACCACCUCAAUCAGAAAACUUAAAGAGAUGUUAUUACAUCUUGAAUUGGACUUCUAGAUCGUUUGUAGCUGUGAUCCAAGAAUUACAUCCUGAAUUAAGAGAUGUUAUUCUGAUCUUUUAUCUUGUUUUAAGAGCCUUGGAUACGGUUGAAGAUGAUAUGACUUUAGAUCCAGCUGUUAAAAUCCCAUUAUUAAGAACCUUUUAUGAAAAAUUAGAUUUAGAAGCUUGGAAUUUUGAUGGUAGUGGACCAAAUGAAAAGGAUAGAAUUGUCUUAGUUGAAUUUGAUAAAGUUUUAAUUGAAUAUCAUAACUUAAAACCAGAAUAUCAAGAAGUUAUUAAAGAUAUUACUGAAAAAAUGGGUAACGGUAUGGCUGAUUAUAUCUUGGAUGAAAAUUUCAAUCUUAAUGGUGUUGCCACCAUUAAAGAUUAUGAUUUAUAUUGUCAUUAUGUUGCAGGAUUAGUUGGUGAAGGCUUAACUAAAUUAAUGUACUUGGCUAAAUUUUCUGAUAAAGCAACUAUUGAAGAUAAUUUUGUUAAAUCAAAUUCCAUGGGCUUAUUCUUACAAAAGACCAAUAUUAUUAGAGAUUAUAAUGAAGAUUUAGAAGAUGGUAGAUCUUUCUGGCCAAAAGAAAUUUGGUCAAAAUAUACUGAUAAAUUACCUUCUUUCCGUGAUGAUACAUCACCAGAAUCCGAAUUCCAAGGUUUAAGUUGUAUUAAUGAUUUAGUCUUAAAUACUUUAGAUCAUGCUAAAGAUGUAUUAAGAUUCCUUGCUUUAGUUAAAGAUCCAUCCACUUUUAAUUUCUGUGCUAUUCCUCAAGUUAUGGCUGUAGCUACAUUAGCUGAAGUUUAUAAUAAUCCAAAUAUUUUCCAUAAAGUGGUUAAAAUCAGAAAAGGUACUACAUGUCAAUUAAUGUUAGAAAGUAGAACUUAUCCUGGUGUGGUAAGAAUCUUUAGAAAAUAUAUUCAAAUCAUAAAUCAUAAAUCAAAUGUUAAAGAUCCAAAUUAUUUUAAAAUCGGUAUUAAAUGUGGUGAAAUUGAACAAUUUUGUGAAAGUUUAUAUCCUGAUGUCAAACUGUUACCAAAAGGUUUAACUCCUGCUGUCAAUGAAUUAACUGAUGUUCUUAAAGUUAGAGAAUCAAUUGAUAAGAGCAUGCAAAGAAGAAGCGAUCAAGAACUUUUUAAUACCAAUGUCACUAUAUUAGCUAUAUUGACUAUAACAUUUGGUAUUCUCUACAAACUUGUAUAUUAAAUUCCAUCGUGAAAAAGACUUAUUAACAAUAAUCAAAUCAAAUUUAAAAUUUAUAAAAAGAGACGUCACUAGGACACUUGUUUUACAGAGUUUAUAUAAAA